AUGUUGUCUGGGACCGUGACCCAUGGCGGCGGCUCAUGUCAGCUAUCCUUGAGCUAUGACAACGGACGCACGUUCAAAGUGAUCCAGUCGAUGAUCGGUGGCUGUCCUCUUCAAUCGAAGUACGGUUUUCAGAUCCCAGCAGACGCGGCCAAGGGCCAGGCGCUUUUUGCUUGGACCUGGUUCAAUUUACAGGGUAAUCGUGAAAUGUAUAUGAACUGCGCGGUGGUAGAAAUUGAUGGGGGCAGCGGUAGUAUUGAGUCUUUCGGUCAGGGCUACCCGGAUCUGUUUGUCGCCAAUGUGGGCAAUAAUUGCCACACCGUGGAGGGCCAGCAGACGAUCUUUCCGCACCCCGGAAAAUCUGUCCUAUACGGUGCUGGGCUGACAGGAACAGAACCUCCUUAUCCUAUCUGCGCGCGUUAG